AUGCAGGAAGCUCCCCUCGCUCCGGCCCACCCCGUGGCAUUCGGGUUCUGGCCCAGACCCGUGUGCAUCCCCGCCGCCGACGGGCUCUUCUUCUACGGCGGCUGCACCCCCUUCGCCCCGUGCCCCAGCCCGUCGCCGCUCGGCACCCCCUUCGCCCCGUGCCCCAGCCCGUCGCCGCUCGGCACCCCCUUCGUCCCGUGCGCCAGCCCGUCGCCGCUCGGCACCCCCUUUGUCCCGUGCGCCAGCCCGUCGCCGCUCGGCACCCCUUUCGUCCCGUGCUCCAGCCCGUCGCCGGGCGGCAGCCCCUUCACGCCGAGCCCGAGGCUUCCGCCGCGCGCCGCCCCCUUCACCCCGAGCCCCAGGCCGUCGCCGCGCGCCACCCACUUCACCCCGAGCACCGGGACCUCGUCGGGCAGCACCCUCUUCACCCCGAGCCCCAGGACGCACCCGAGCGGCACCCCCUGGUCCUCCUCCACCUCCGGCUCCCGCGUCGACGAUGCGGCGGCCACGGAGCACCGCCUGCAUCUGGCCCGCCUCGCGCUCCAGUGCCAGGACGCCACCAACCGCUACGAGCUCUGCCUCAGCCACCUCGCCGACGCCGCGCGCGAGGCCGCCGCGCUCCGCCUCGAGAACUCCGAGCUCCGCAUCAUCAACAACGACCUCGCCGGCCGCUUCGCCAUGCUCGGCGGCAACCAGGCCUCCGCCGUCGCGCUCGCCGGGCAGCUCCGCGGCCUCCAGCUCGGGCAGAUGCCGGUGCCGGUGCCGGUGCAGGCCGUGGCGUCUCCACCGGUGCUGCCCAUGCCCAUGGCGGGCCCCGCCUCCCCGGCCGAGAAGCACGCGGUGAUGCCCAAGAGCAUCUCCAUCCGCUCGACGGGCUACCUGAAGAUGGCCAGGCGCGGCAAGCAUCGCGCGACGAAGCCGAUGGACGUCGGCUCGCAGCGCGUGUUCGUGGGCGUGGACAGCGCCAAGGCGGAGGAGCACCAGGGAGGCGGCGGGGAGAAGGGCGGUCAGGUCGCCACGGCUGCCGGCGGGCUGCAGUUCGAGGUGUACAGCCAGGGCAUGUUCAAGACGGAGCUGUGCAACAAGUGGGAGGAGACCGGGGCGUGCCCGUACGGCGACCAGUGCCAGUUCGCGCACGGCAUCGCCGAGCUCCGUCCCAUCAUCCGCCACCCGCGCUACAAGACCCAGGUCUGCCGCAUGGUCUUCGGCGGCGCCCUCUGCCCCUACGGCCACCGCUGCCACUUCCGCCACUCGAUCACCCCCGCCGACUACUCCCCCCUCCUCCACCCCUGA